AUGGCAACGCAGAACUCACGAGACUUCUUCUUAGGAGAGGAUACCCCUGGGCCAUCUCCCGACACUGGACCAAAGCUAGGCUCAGGCCUCAAGCGCUUCGCGAUACUAGACGCUGAUGGCGACUGUGUUGGAACAGCAAGCUGGGCAGAUGAUGGGGAGAAGCAACGGCGGCGACAAAGAUUCAUCGCUCUUUCGGAUGCUAGGAGCUUCACCAAGACGGAGUAUGAUGACUGGAGCUCGUACACUGAACGGAAGGAGCCGUGGCAGUUGUAUAAUGUGAUGAUGCUGGAGCCGAAGAAAGCUGAUGGAUCGCCAGGAGAUCCCGAUGAGGAUGUCGUUGUGGCUUAUCGUGCUGGGAUUGGGAAAGUGUUCAAGUCGGCGUUUCCGAAUGGUAUCAACUAUGGGUGGAAAGAGGUUGUUCUUGGGUGA